AUUUGGCUUAAGUUCUCAGCCGCCCUCGUCACUCGCAUCGUCACAAUAUAUUUGUGCAAGGUCUAUUGCUAUCCAGCACACAACCCUUUGUUUAUGAAGCCCGCGAGAGCGUACGGCAAUGGAUCCGCUCACGGCGUUGAGCGUGGCUGCCACGGUCGUGCAAUUCGUUGACUUUGCCAUAGGAAGAUGCCGUGACGUGAAGGGGCUGUACGACGCAGGUGACGAGUCAUUGCUACAAAUUGCUAGUUUUGGGGCCACAUCUCAAACCUUCGACGAGUUCUCCACUGUGUUUAAGACGAGGCGAAGAUUCACGGAAAAUGGGUCAGAUGACCCAGGGCCAGGUCAAAAGACAGAAGCUGCGAUCGACGGUCUGAUCGACCGGUGUUCAGAGGUUGCCAAAGAGCUCGCCAGAAUCUUUCAAGGUCUGGAAGGCGCCCGGCGACGCGCCACUGGGAACGUCAUCGGGAGCGUCUUUGGGAAGUCAUACGCCUACAUGAAGGCAGCCUGGAACCACGAUGACAUUGUGCGACUCACGGAGCGCCUGGAGAAAUAUCAGAGUCAACUGGUUCUACACAUGUUGCUCUACCUCAAUAUGAAAGCAGAGGCCUCCGAGGAAAAUCAAAGCCAAAGACUCGACGCACUUGAGAAUAAAAUCGUGAAGGUCCUCACUGUAUCUGAGGAUAAGCUCAACUUGAUCCAAAGUCAAAACGCUUCUUUACACCGCCAUCUCAAUGAAACUGGCGUUCGGCAGACCAUGCAACAGGACAAGACCCUCGCGGCCAUUUUGACCCUCCAAAACGGAAAGACCAGCUUCCUAAGCCAAAAAGGAACCAGCUUUCCCGUCAUAGACAAGGGCAACCAGAAGUUCAUGACAUUGCGAUCGGAAGAAAACAAGACCAGUGCCAUGAUUAAAGACUUCAAGCCCAUUCAGGAAGAAGUCUUAACCUGCCUAUACUUCCGCUUGUUGGGCGAUCGCUACGACAGUGUUCAGGCUGCUCACGGCAAAACGUAUGCGUGGAUCUUCAAUGGGCGCGAAACUUCGAAUGAAGAUUACCCAGUCUUGCAGAUGAACCUAGUCGAGUGGCUGGCGACCGGCUCUGGCUGCUACUGGAUCAAUGGGAAAGCCGGAUCCGGCAAAUCGACCUUGAUGAAGUACAUCUUGCAACAUCCAAAGUCAAAGGAAGCGCUCACCAGCUGGGCUUCAGCCGCAGAACGCGACCUGGUCGUGGCAUCAUUCUUUCUUUGGCACCUGGGCUCGCCGUUACAGAAGACACAGGAGGGCUUGUUGCGGUCGCUGCUUUAUGAUAUUCUUUCGGCGCGGCCCUACCUCAUCUCAGUUGUAAUGCCGGAACUGUGGAUGGCAGGAGCCAACCGCGACCUGGGCGAGACUCUCAGCUCACCAUCACACUCGGAGCUCCUCCGAUGGUUCCGGAGGCUGCUGGAUCGUGCAACGUCACAGCUCCGAUUGGUGUUCUUCAUCGACGGGUUGGAUGAAUACGAGGGCAACCACUUUGAAAUUGUCAACUUGAUCGCGGCAUAUUCGGAGAACGAGAACGUGAAGUUCCUAGUAUCUAGUAGGCCGAUUCCCAUAUGCAUUGAUUCGUUUUCGCGAUUCCCAAACAUCCGCCUUCAAGACCUAACGAAGGAGGACAUCAGACAGUAUGCCGAAGAUCACCUCAGGGAGAAGAUUCAGGACAGAUAUGGAGACCAAUGGGACCCCAUUAUCACGCAAGUCGUUGAAAAGUCAUGCGGGGUCUUUCUAUGGGUUGUUCUUGUCGUUCGCUCUCUUCUUAUCGGCCUUCAGAAUUUUGAUUAUGUUGAAGAGCUCCAUCAGCGCCUAGACAUCUUGCCGUCCGAUCUGAAGGACCUGUACGCCCAUAUGCUACGAAUUAUGCCUGAUUCAUACAGAAAGCAAGCCUCGCAGCUAUUGCAGAUUAGCCUGCUUGCGUCGGAAGUUCAACAGGGUCAAUUUCGAAUGACACCGCUGCAGUUAUACUUUUCCGAAAAAGACGACGAGGCUGCCCUAGCAACCCCCAUCAAGUCCUUAUCGAUCCAGGAGAAAAACCUUAGAUGUCAUGAGAUUGAGGGCAGGGUCAGAAGCCGGUGCUGUGGGCUUCUGGAGGUCCGUUGCGUUGAAUUCCGGCUGCAGCGUAAUUUCUCAUCAACCGUAGUCAAGUACCAGUGUGUCGACUUUAUUCACAGAACCGUCGUCGAAUUUCUCAGGAUCCACGAAGUGUGGGAGGGCAUGUUGAGCCUGACUGCCGAUACUCCUUUUCAUCCAUCGAUCAGCCUGUUUCGUUCAUGCCUUCUCCUUUGCAAGACGCAGCCUAUACAAUCCACAAUAGCCCUCGAGGAGAGCUCCGUAUGGCAUUAUAUGGACCACGGUAUGGAAUAUGCCUCGCUUGCUCAAGGAACACAUAGACCCGUACCCAGUUCGAUGCUCUCUGACUUGGAUCAAGUGGUCUCGUACCACUGGACAAGCGCGUUCAAGUGCACUUUCGGAUCUCAGGCUAUCGAAACCCACUGCCACUGGACUCAUGGCUUCGGUCUCCUAGCCAAUAGUGGGACGCAAAUUCUAUCAGGAGCCAUUGGCUCUGCAGCGAGGCCUCUUUGCUUCCACACCUUGACGGUAUACCACUGCUUAGACAGCUAUAUUAAGGACCAACCCCCAAGCACCGAUAUUGGUCCAGGGCUAGCGAACAGCCAAGCAACUGCGUUAUUAUUCAAUGCUGUGAAAUACACUCUCCAACAGAAACCUUGGCCUUUGGCUGUUCAGGAAGCCAUGAUAACUCGCUGUGCAUCUAUAUGUUGUCAACUUCUAGAUCAAGACGCCGAUCCUAAUGCCAAGUUUGGGAUCAGUGCAACCACUGCAUGGCACCUUAUGCUCGACUUUGCAGUAAAGAAUGCGCAGAACACAGAGGAUUUCCAAAGGCGAUUUCAUGGAACAAGCUUUAUACGGAUUUACUCUCAGCUGCUGCUAUCUUUUGCAAAGAGCGACGCUCUCAUGAAUGUGGCCGUCCCCUGGACUAAAAGGCAGAAGCAGGGCAAGCAAGUGGUGUUAGAGUAUUCCGCUCUAAAGGUUUUGGAUAUUCUAUUUUCGCCUCAGCAGGGAGAUAAAGAGGGGUUCGCUAUAUCGAAAGAGCGGAAUUUGAGUUUGGCGGCGUUUCACAAGCAGCUUGUAGAUACCAUGAUCCGAAAAGGCGCUGUGAUUCGGGAAUGGGAAAAUGGACAGCUAGUCUCGGGACCUCCCGAGUCUGUUACGGAUGAACCUAUGACACUCACUAUCCCGGCUCCUGGCCGCCGAAGAUCCAGAUCUGCCGAUAGCGAGACGAAAAAGGGAAAACGAGCUGGCUUAAAGAAUCUCGGCAACUUUUGGUUGGCUUUAAGUCGGCCUUCGUCUCAGGGUUUCAAAGAAUGAUUGGGAAUAAUGAUUAUUAUAUUAUAACGUCCUUUUACAUGUAAUGCAAGUCUAAGCUUAUGCUCGCAUCGUAGAGGUUGUUUUUUAGCCGAUCUAAUAUGUUCUACGAGAAGUUGCGAUGCAAAAAGCGGCCUCUCUCUAGUGUUUCCUAUGCGCUAGUAAUAUUAUAAUCGUCUUUAUAUACUCAGGAGUCUACGAAGUCCCCUUUUCAUUCACUAAACAUAUAAAACGCUAAAGCUCAGUUCUUAG